UUGAAUGUACUACGACAGGGGAAUGUUUGAAAACACAGAUUAGGAUAGAAGCGGAUCAACCGGAAGUAGCGAUGGACUUCUGCUUUGUGCGUCACACUAAGCAUUUGACAACGGGAAGGAGCCAUGUUGGAGCAGCUCCCGAUCCUGUGCGCUUCACAACGCAAAUCCUCGGUCUGAGGAGCAAACUCCCAGGGACGACCCCUCAAACCCCACGAUGUCCACGGACGAUUUUCAGACCAAGUACGCCUCCGUGAUGGAGAGCAUGCUCAAGAGUGCCAUCGCGGAGACCAACGAACUUUUCGAAACUAUGGUCGACGAGCUGAAGGCAGAGAUCUCCAGAAUCAAGAAGGAGAACGAGGAGCUCAGAGCAAGAUGCAGCCAGUUCGAGGAGAGACAGUCGACUGUUUACAGCAGAGAAAACCGGGCUCCUCCGCAGACCUCCUCUGAGAAACGUGACACAGCUGUGCAGUGUGACCUUGUUCCUUUACGCACCAUGCUGGUGGAACAGUGUCAGUCAUUGGGAUAUUCAUCAUUGCAAAUUGAACAGCAACAGUGUUGUCACUGUGGGAUGGAGAAGAGGUUACAGGAUCACAACUAUGGGAAUGCAAAUUCCCAAAUGACAUUUAUGCUUAUCACAGAAGAGGAAUCUCAUGAUAAUUCUUCAUUGCUGCCUGUCAUAAAGCAGGAGGACGUUGAGCCCAAAGUCUCAAAUGCAGUGGGGUCAGCAUGGGCCACUGCUUGUGGAAAUGAAAAUGAAGGGUCUCUCAUUAACCACAUAGGUUCAACUGGAGAGAUGUUUGAAAAUGAUGAAGAGGCUAGAGUCACCUUGGAACUACGCUGUCAUGGAAUGGAUAAUGAUUUACCAGGAGCCCAGAGCCAACCAUCUGAACCAGAGCAUCCACUCGUUAUCACAAUAAAAUGUGACACGGGGGACAAGACAGAGGGACAGCUUGUAAAGUCUGAAGAACAAACAUUUGCGACUGCUCAGCAACAAUUAAUGGUUGAACUUGAAAAGGAGCAACUAUCAGUGGUCCCACUACAAUGCCACAGAGAGGUUGAAAUGUCAAUAAGUGAGCAGACGGACACUGCUGUGCAGCAGUCUGCAGAUGUGCAGUGUACAGAGGAACCUUUACCAGAGCCCACAACAGAAAACACAGGAAUAGCAUGUGAAGAACUAAAAAAUGGCUUGGCAGAAAGUGAUUCUAAUACCCAACCUGUACGCCGUAGACGAGGACGGCCACCAAAGAAAGUAAAACAUCUACAGCAGCCUGUCAAAGAAACGGAUGCAACAACCGAACAAGACGUGUUAAAUUCCCCUUCAGUAAGAGUGGAAGAGGUUGCGGUUUCUUCUGCCAUUGAUAAAGUUAACACCACCGAAUCUGCAUCUCCAGUAUCCCCAGCUCUGCAGAGAACUAUGGAAUCUGCUGUAGGAGACAUGGAGAACAGUGAAUUUGGUUCUUUGCCUUUUUCAGUGGAAUCUAUGACUAGGGAAAGAACGUCUGGAUCUCAACAGUGUUCCAUGGAAAUGGAAGCUUCACCCACUGAAAAUUCAUCCGCAACUGAAACAUUAAAUUCUCGACCAGUGGAGUCACCACAAGCAUCAUCAGUUACGCUCAGAGAACGUUGUUCCUCUGUAACGCUUCAGGACGCAUUGUUACUCGUUGAAGCCAUGAAUCUGUCAACAGGGGGAAAUCCAGUAUCCUCUUUCAAAAGAAUGAUAGAAUCACCCCAAACCCAGGUUGUUCCUCACAUGGAUACUUUACAAACUAUGGAAAAGAUCCCGACAGUGCCACAGACACUUUCUUCUAAAACUUGUGAUGCUGUAGGCAGUGUAGCCAUAACAGAGCUGUCCACAACACAAUCAAGUGUACAGACACUUAGCACUAGUCCUCCAGUAAAAGAUUCAACUUCAACCAAUAAAGCCAAGCCCCACAUUCAGCAUAUCACUGAAAAACAUUCGGUCACACCAUCCAAUAUUGCCACUCAGCAAAUGCCCUCAUCAACCUGUGCAACUCAAACAAGUGUGCACUCACAGCAGGGUUUUCCCCGUCCUGUGAUAAGAUGGAUAACACCAAGCAAAUCGAGUAAUGACAAGCCAAAUAAAAUAAUUGUUGUGCCAAGACCAGAAAGCUUAUCAAUGCCGUAUAAGUUUGCUGCACUGUCCCCAAAAACUGUUGCUGCACAGAAAAAUGGUUUACUUUCAUCUUCUACAGACAGACCUUCCUUUUCCUCCCUCCCUCAGCAAACAAUAUAUGCUGCCUCCAGGAAGUCACUUCCCGUUGUCCCUUCGCAGUCGACGGCCACCUCUACAGACCAGCACUCAGGCUUUCUACCCCACUUAAAAACAAUUAUAAUUCAAAGACAGGUUUCAGUUGUUGCAUCAGGGACACGUCAAUCACAGAAUGUUCUUACAGCAAUGCAGAAGUCAGCAGAACCAGCUGAUGCUGUGACAGUGUCAUCACCACAACUGAUUUCUUUGUCGCAAGAGUCAACCUAUUCAGUGGUUGGAAAAACUGCUGUUUCUACGGUAUCACCUCAAAAGAAGGAUAAUAACUCUUCAAACCUUGGAUCUCCCAAACAAACUGCCCGUGUUUUUGAAACAACAAAUGUACCAAAAAUAACUUGUUCUGUAUCUCAACUGGAACAAAAACUCUCUGCAGUGGUCAGAUUAAUCAGGCUGCCAAUGUCUGUAUCAACCAAAGAAUCAGUAUCGGUCUCAAGACUGCUCUCAAAUGGAUUUCCUGAAUCACGCUCAGUUUUGAAUGAGGGUGCCACACAAGGUAGAUUACCUGUGGACAUACUACGACAGCCAUCAAAGAUUUGUCCCAGGUUAAAAGACACUGCAGUUUCUAUGUCUUUCAAUACCUCUCAGAUGUCCAAAGAGAAAAAUAACAUUCAAGAUAUGCACAACAGUGAGUAUGUGCCCCCUACACCAUUCAAGGUGUCAGUACCAGUCUUGGACAUAUCAACAGAAGCCAUCAGCAAUGCAAUGCAAGGUUGUGCACCUUCUGACAACGCACCAAUAGCAGAGAAAGGAUCAGUUAACCCAAUACAGCUAAUCUCCAUCUCAUCCAAGGACAAAUCUGACCGUCAUUUGCAAAUGACUAAAACCCAGUUCCUGGCACAGCUGGCAGUGUCACCUGUAGUUCAAGCCCCCAGAGAGGCCUCCUCCAAACAUGUUGCAGAUACAGGAGCUUCUAGUGCAGAAUCCAGCACUAGUGGCAGGAAAAGCACCACCAUGGCCCGACUCCGAAGUCGCAUCAGUACUCACUUGCAUUCCAGAAGAACCAAACUAAAGCCAGAAAUAUGCACAGAAACAGAGACCACUGCUAUGAGUCCUAAGAAACUUAGAUCACACAAUGACAAUCCAAAUAAUACAAACACAACCACUGAACAUAUUCCUGUUGAACCUAAAAAGUCUUGUGUUGUUGAAGACAUUGCACCCAAGAGGAUCGUAAGUGUACCCACUAGAAGGUCAAAGCUUAGUAGUGAAACCACUCCUAAAAGUGGUAGAAGGUCUAGCUCAGGUAUUGCUAGUGUAGCUUCUAAAACUGUUGAAUGCAGUUCUGUUACUCCUCGAAGGCUUAGUUCAACUAAAGAUGGUGCUAACCCUAAACAGACAAAAAGCAGUGUUUGCCUUAAAAAUACAAAACCCACCUCUGAGAGGAAUAGUUCAACGAGAGAUGAUGCUAUCCUUAAACAGACUAAAUCCUCUUCUGUGAGUCCUAAAAGGUCUUGUUCAACUAGAGAACAGUCAAGUCUUAAAAAGGCUGAAGCCUCAGCUGUUACUCCCCGGAAAUCUAGUUUAAGUGAAAACGCUGCAAAAUUUAAAAUGUCUACAAGUGAAAUGAUUAAUGACAGCCAUAGGUCGGAUUUCACCCAACACAGUUCGAGCACUAGACAGAUUAAAAGAGAAUCCAGUCCUUUUAGUCUUUGGAGGAAAACCACAGCUAGUGAUAUUGCUAGGCCAAACAGUCAGUCUGGCUCCUCGUAUGUUUGUUGGCCUAAAUUGGCUAAAGAUGGUGUCAGCUGUGGAAAGACUGCAGAAACCACUCCUGCUAAGAAACCCAGAUUGAUUCAAGAAGUGCCAGGGCCUGAAAAGAAUUUAAGAGUUUUUAAUGAAAAAGCCACAACAUUAGCUAAAAUGACAAAUUCCAAUCAAUCCACACUUCAGAAUGAUGCUAAAACAAGCCAGUUAACAGAUAAAAGAUAUAAGACCCAAGCUGUGUGGAUUCCUCCUACAAUACCAGCCAGCAGAACAUCAGCAGGGGGAAAGGCAUCUCUGUUACCUUUGAAGAAAGAGACAAGAUCUUCAAGACCCCAGAAUCAUAUUGCAAUUUACCAGCCUAGUGUUUCUCUCAAUCCCAUAUCUACCAAAGCACCAUCCAUGGUAUCACCAUUACAGCCCUUAUCAGUCAUUGGUGGGCGUCUGCUUAAGAAUCAGUGUGGGGAGUGUGGCCGCAUCCUCAGCAGCAGUGCUGCCCUUGAGAGCCAUGUCAGACUUCAUAAAGGACGGCGACCUUUCUCUUGCACGCUUUGCGGGAAGAGUUUUCCAGACCCCAAGGGUCUUAAAAGGCAUGGCCGGGUGCACCGCAAUGGUAGGAUCCACAUCUGCCAGGAGUGCGGGAAGGGCUUUGUCUACCGUUUUGGCCUCACCAAACACCUUCAGAUGGUGCACAGCAGAAUUAAACCCUUUGUCUGCCAGAUCUGCAACAAAGGCUUCUUCACAAAGCGAGAUGUGGAAGCCCACAUUCGGAUCCACACUGGAGAGAAACCAUUCCAAUGCAACCUCUGUGAAAAAAGAUUCACUAGAAGAGUAGAACUAAAUGUACAUCUGAGGUGGCAUAACGGGGAGAAGAGACACUGGUGCUCGUACUGUGGAAAAGGAUUUUUAGAUUUCAAUAACCUGAAAAGGCAUAAGUACAUCCACACAGGAGAGAAACCACAUUCCUGCCCCCACUGCCCCAAACACUUCACACAGUCAGGGCACCUGAAAAAGCAUGUGAAAAAUGUGCAUAAAAUUCACUGAUAGAGAGAAGUAAAAGAUGAUGUGACAAUAACUGGUGUUUCUUUUCCAAAAAAAUAAAUAAUUGUAAGUAUUUUUCUAACUGUAAAAAUGUCAAUAGUUUUAAUUGUUUUAAUAAUCUAGAUAAGUUGUUAAUUCUGUAAGUAUUCUACUUUUACUCCUGCUGAUACAAAAAAGCCAAUAGGGGUUAACUGCUUCUGUUAAUUUACCACCUGAAACAAGGAUUAUAAAAGCGUCUUCACACUUGACAUGAAGAAUUACAUCACAGUUAAAGAAAGAAUUUGCUUUAUUUAAUGCCAACAAAUUUGACUGUAGAGUCAUCAUGUCUGGAAGUCUCAUUAGCAUUCUUUACAAUGACAAGGAUGUAUAUAGUUGAUAUUGCUAUAUGCGCUUUAAGCAGGUGCACAAUGGUUUCAGUUCAUGUCGCAUUGCUCUGGUUGAGUGUAAAGACACCUUAGAAGAUGCUUCAACAGUCAGCUAUGUAGAUGUGGAGCAAAUGAAAAUGUUUUUUUUGUAGUUAUGGCAGUGUCGGUGUGAUCACUCAAUCCUUGUUUUAGUCUGAAAGACGUGUUUAAACUGUCUCCCAUUUCUUAAUUCUAACCUCAUUGAAGAAUUGUUGGACCCUUUUUUUUAUAAUUCAAACCCCAUUUCAGAAAUUGUAAAUACAGUAAAUAUUCUGUUUAUGUUGAUAUGAUUUAGAUAAAAAAAGAUGUAUAUUUUCUUGUUCCUGAAAAGGUGUAAUAAAUGUAGAGUUGU